AUGGAUCCGAAGCGUGGUGUUCCUGGCCUCGACGCUCCCGGGAUGGGCUGGCGACUCGAAACCGUCGCCAGCAAGGUGGAACAUCCCAACCUGCCCACGAUAAUAGGUGGGCUUCGCUGCUGGUGGAACUCGGGCAACUGGCCUACCACGUCGCAGGGUUUGCCUGGUCGUCUCCAGAGUCGCACUCCCUGCGCCCAUCUCGAUCUCCUGAGCGACUCCCUGUCAACGUCGGCUUCCCAUGGCGCCGGAGAAUAG